CAUUCUCUCUGUGUGUGAGCGUUUUAAUGCUGUUAACACACUUCUCUGAGGACACCACAUGAGCUGGAUUUAAACGUUUUUAAUUGUUUACUGCACAACAGCAUAGUUGUUUUAAUAGUUAAAAGAAAAAGAAAAUACAUUUCAGUUGUGAACUGAAUCCCAUACGUCCACUGAGUGGGGAUGUCUGCUAUGGGAACCACUAGCUAGUUAGCAUGUUCGGUCGGCUAACACGCCGGUAUAGCUGGAUAUAACGUAUAUGUAUUUAUUAUUAUUAUUUGUUUAUAAUGUUGUUGUUGUUAUUUACAAGCUGUAAUGAUAACUCGUGAUAGUGGCAUGUAUUGAAGCGUUGACACUUGUGAGAACUGGUUAGCUGGCGCUAGGUUAGCUUAGCCCAGUGUAGCUGAGUUUAGCCGGGCCUGGGUACAGUACAUGCUGCACUAGUUGGCACAUGCAAGCGUUACUGCGCAACACUUUAAACUGUGCCUGUGUCCCAAAUGGUGCUUGCUCCCUGUUCCCUACAGACUCCAAAGUGCAUUCUGGGUGUUCCCUAGUUGGACCCUAAUCCCAUGAAGUGCAUUGUGGGAUGUCAUAAGUUUCACAGGAUGCAGUUCACUUUGGAAUACAAAAAGACCAAAAACUUCCAAAACAAUGCACUGUAUAGUGAAUAGCUUCAGUUUCACACAGCCUUUGUUCCUGUGUGUAUUUCUGUAGACCAUCUCAAGGUUUUGUUUUUUUUUUUUUUUUAGUGUGUGCUAAAUCUGACAAACCAAAUCUUAGCCAGCAAAAGGUUAUUAAUAUUGGCAUGUGCACUAAAUUGGUAACUAGGACAGUGACUGACUUUCCACCCAUCAGCACGUUGAGGAAUCAUGUGGCACGAGAGGACGACAUCUUAAAUAGAACGCAAUCUGAAUAGGGUCCAAAUUGUCAUGAUGUAUAAUAUAUUCUUUGUAUGAAAAGAGAUGACGGUGGCACGGUACGACACCCGUGUCGAGUAGACGAGAGAAGCUCCUGGCUGAGAUUUGAACUGAACCUUCUGGGGACUAAAAAGUUCAACAUGCUGGACGUGGUCCGGGUUCAAACCGGGUUUGCGGUGGAAGUAAUGCUGAGUACUGACCACGCAGCGAGCUUCCGUGCAACAUUUAGAGAGCAAAUAAUAAACAACCAACCUGCAGUCAGUUGUUAAAGAACACGCUUGAAUUGUAAUUGCAUUUGUCUGUUUAAUCUAUGUGGACAAAUACACUGUAUUUGCCUUAUGUCAUUAUCCUAAAGUGACUUUAACUUUGUGCGUACCGACUGCCAUCGACAGUGCUGUUUGUUCAUUCAAUCAUGCGUUUUUCUCUGUGGGGGUCACGGUGGUGUCAGGCUGAAAAGGUCAGUCCAGACUUCUCUAUCUCCAGCCACAGAUACCAGCUCCUCCUGCUGCCUGGAUUCGCCCCCAUGGGACAUCCCAGAUACAGCUCUGGCAGCUGCCGACUAGGAGGCAUCUUUGUAAGCCCACAGAGCUCUGCAACCAUGCCCUCAGACCUUGCCAAGAAGAAGGCUGCCAAGAAGAAAGAGGCAGCCAAGGCUCGUCAGAGGGUCAAAAAACACGAGGAGGUCGAGCAGCCAGAGGAAAAUGGAGCCGUUCCAAAUGGGGACAUAAAUGGAGAUGUUUCUGCCCUGGCUAAAGAGCUAGAUGAGUUUGAGCUGAGGAAGAUAGAGGCUCGGGCAGUUACAGGUGUCUUGGCAUCGCACCCCAACAGUACAGACGUUCACAUCAGCAGUCUUUCACUCACUUUCCAUGGGCAGGAGCUGCUCAGCGACACAAGUCUGGAACUAAACUCAGGCAGACGCUACGGGCUCAUCGGCCUCAAUGGCACAGGUAAAUCUAUGCUCCUGUCUGCGAUCGGCCACCGAGAGAUUCCUAUCCCAGAGCACAUAGACAUUUAUCAUCUGACACGUGAGAUGGCUCCCAGUGAGAAGACAGCUUUACAGUGUGUGAUGGAGGUGGAUGAGGAGAGGAUCCAGCUGGAGAAGGAGGCAGAAAGACUGGCCCAUGAGGACUCAGAGUGCGAGAAGCUGAUGGAGAUCUACGAGCGCUUGGAAGAGCUGGAUGCGGACAAAGCCGAGGUUCGAGCUUCACGCAUUCUCUUUGGCCUGGGCUUUACCCCAACCAUGCAGCACAAAAAGCUCAAAGACUUCAGCGGUGGUUGGAGAAUGCGUGUCUCCUUGGCCAGAGCGCUGUUCAUUAAACCUUUCAUGCUGUUACUGGAUGAACCCACUAACCACCUUGACCUGGAUGCCUGCGUGUGGCUGGAGGAGGAACUCAAAUCGUUUAAGCGAAUUCUUGUACUCAUUUCACACUCCCAAGACUUCCUGAAUGGUGUUUGCACCAAUAUCAUUCAUCUACACCAAAGGAAACUCAGAUACUACACAGGCAAUUAUGACCAGUACGUGAAGACCAGGGAGGAGCUUGAGGAGAACCAGAUGAAACGCUACAACUGGGAGCAGGACCAGAUAGCACACAUGAAGAACUAUAUCGCCCGAUUUGGUCACGGCUCGGCUAAGCUGGCUCGCCAGGCUCAGAGCAAAGAGAAGACGUUGCAGAAGAUGGUGGCCUCAGGCCUGACAUCCCGUGUAGUUACAGAUAAGACUCUGUCAUUUUAUUUUCCUCCCUGUGGGAAGAUUCCGCCGCCUGUCAUCAUGGUGCAGAAUGUCAGUUUCAGAUAUUCCGACGAGACGCCAUAUAUUUAUAAAAACCUGGAGUUUGGCAUUGACCUGGAUACGCGAGUGGCUCUAGUGGGCCCUAAUGGAGCGGGGAAGUCCACACUACUGAAACUGCUGAUGGGGGAGCUCCUCCCAACUGAUGGUAUGAUCAGGAAACACUCCCAUGUGAAGAUUGGCAGGUAUCACCAGCAUCUGACUGAACAGCUGGAGUUGGACCUGUCUCCUCUAGAGUACAUGAUGAAGUGUUACCCAGAGAUCAAAGAGAAAGAGGAGAUGAGGAAGAUCAUCGGACGGUACGGCCUGACGGGUAAACAGCAGGUGAGUCCCAUCAGGAAUCUAUCAGAUGGUCAGAAGUGUCGAGUGUGUUUCGCCUGGCUGGCCUGGCAGAACCCACACAUGCUCUUCCUCGAUGAACCUACCAAUCACCUGGACAUUGAGACCAUCGACGCACUUGCUGAAGCCGUCAACGAGUUUGAAGGAGGGAUGAUGCUGGUCAGCCACGACUUCAGACUCAUCCAGCAGGUGGCUCAGGAAAUUUGGGUGUGCGAGAACCAGACCAUCACCAAAUGGAACGGGGACAUUUUGGCGUACAAGGAACACCUGAAGUCAAAAAUCGAUAAACAGACGCACGACGUUUGAAGGUCUAGAGCCGGGACUCUUCCCUUUGCAUCAUGGAUAGAUUACUUUGCCCUGCUCAUCUUACUGUAAUGCAUGUGAUCUAAGAUUUCCCACAGACCUUUCAGAGUGGAUUGUAAACCUCAUUCCAGUGUUCCAGCAUCAAAAUACAGUACAUUUCACUCUCUACUUUUUGUGGAAAACUUCACACACGCCAUUCAUAGUCUGGGUAUUAACUGUCACUUUUCUUUUUAUUUAAAUAUUAUAAAUGCAAUAAUGUUGAAUAAAUCGAGGUUUGACAAAAUCGUA